AUGUUUCGUUCCAGUAUCAAGCUGUGGUUGCCAAUCUCCAGUUGUCUCCCCAUUCCAUUUUCUCGUUCACGUGAAGGCGGUGAGGGUGCGCUAAAGUCGGCUACUGCGGCUACCUCGUUUACCGCCCUUGAUCCGACCGCUGCAGAACGCGACACUCCUGAGCAGUUUGGUCAGCUUCGCAGUCUUCAUCUGAUCUCCGCAUCGCCAUCGGCUGAGGAGUAA